GUUGCCAUGGAUUUGGGGUUUCAUGAGCGAAAUGGCUGAUAAUGAACCUUCACUUACUGAAGUGGUAAAACAAGUGGCACAGCAUCAACAGUCACAGGCUGCAGAAAUAGAGAAUAAUAGAGAGUUACUAAACCAGUUUCAGACAAAACUUAAUGCACUUGAAAUAGAAUUGAAGUCUGUUUUACUGGAAACAAAGGCAGUUGAAAAGCAAAUUUGUCAAGAAGAAAACACAAUAGAAAAUACAAUGCAUCUCUGUGGAAGCCUUGAAAAUCUAAAUUACGCAGUUUGUGCUGAAAAUGUGCGGCUUAAGAUGGCCUUGGAAACCCAGAAAGAAGAUUUUCAAGCUAUUGUAUCUAGAAAUAAUAAAUACCGUGAAAGAAUUGCAGAUCAUAUAAAAGGUUUUUCAGAAGUGGAAAAUAGUUUACCAGUUAUGAUUGAGCUUAUUAAACAGAGAGACGCAACCAGAAUUCUGAAGAUGCAGAAAGAGAAGCUGGUUCGUGACCUGCACGAUCCUAAAAACUCUGGCAUAAAACAAAUUCAGGAAGAAACGGAAGAAUUAAAUGAGAAACUAAAAGAAAUAAAACAGUUGAUUACUGCAAAACGUGAGUUAUAUGAGAAAGAAACUGCAACACAUGCUGCACUUAAGAAAGAAAUCGAGGUGCAGAGGAAGAGAUAUAAUGCUAUCUUGAAACGUUUGCAUUGCCAGUUGCAAAAAGCACAGCUCAGCAGAAGACAGUAUCAGUGGAACAUAGAACAAAUGCAGAAAACUGUAACUGAUCUUAGAGAGAACCUAGAAAGGAGGAAGAGUGAAAAAGUGUAG